CAAAUUAUAUUUUUCGAAAAGUAAAAUUAAAUUGGGUCAUUAAAUUUGACGAUUUUCAAAUUAAAUCGAUAAAAGUGUCGGAACGCAAGCGCAAGCAAUAUGCUUUGUGUUAAUACAGUCCAAAAUAUUUUGAGAUGUUUAUUUUAAUUUAAAAUGUACUUCUUAACAGAAUUCGUGGAUUUGUGAAUUAAAACCACCAUCAAGAUGGCAUGUUAUAGUUCCAAAGUGCUUUUGGGUUUUGAGGAUGAGUUGGUUACCGACAAAAAUAAGGGACAACUUAAUUUUACUGUAAAUAAAAUUGGAGGAAAGCCUGAUGUUCCAAGUAAUGUAAAGUUAGAAUGUCCAGUUUGUACCCUAUGUCAAUUACCAAGGCCUUUGAUUGUUCAAAUUUACGCACCAUUGGAAAAUUCUAAUUACCAUCGAACUCUAUAUUUGUUUGCUUGCAUUAAUCCAAAUUGUUGGAAUCAUAAUGAAAGCUGGGUUUGCUUGAGAGCACAGACCGUGGACCAAUUAGAGAGCAAGGAAGCGAGCGCAAGCGUCAAAAUCUCGCGUUCCGAUUGGUGCGCAGACGCAGACGACUGGGAUGUAGAGGAAGGGGCAGACGAUGCGGCCGACAACAACCGAUCGAAGCCGAACGAGGAGAACGGAAACUUGGAGGAGGACGACGACGACGAAAGCUGCAGCUUGGAGGAUUCUAUAAGGUCAAAUUUUGGGAGUCUCACUGUGGAUGAUAGGAACGCCAAUGUAGGAGCACAAGGUGGCGCUGUAGGUAGACAGCACUCCCCCCCAGCGUCUGCCGAAAUCGAAGGCGAUGAAGGUGAAGUGAUCAGCAUAGAUUCGCCCACUAUGCCUCAAAGUGACAUCGCCGCCCUUUUGCAAGAAGUUACGCCUCUUCCGCAAGAACUCUGCCAAAACGUACGGUCUGAUAUUAGGAGAUCGUUUAAUUUACAAUUCGUGAGCUCCUACAUGGCAGUUUGGGAGGAAACGAAUUGCAAUUCCAGCAGCAUAAGCGACCGCCACGUAAAGGAACUGCUGCAAGAAUACCAACAGCGAAACGAGGAAAUAACCAAAGCUUCCAGUCCCGGUCACGGGGAUUCCCCCACGGAAACCGCCUACGAGAAAUACGAGAAGAGUAAUCCGGCCCACGGGGACAAAAUGUUUUACCAUUUUAUGUCGAAAAUACAGACCAAUCCUGCGCAAUUACUAAGAUAUAGUCGUGAUAUGGAGUCGCCUUUACUCCUUUACCCUGUACAGGAAGUUCCGAAGAAGUGCCAGCAUUGUCAGGGCCCUGUAACAUUCGAAUUUCAGCUGGUUCCAACUUUAAUCACGAAGCUGAAGCUGAUUGGCGACGCGAAGCCUUGCGCACGCGUUGAAUUCGGUACCGUGCUAGUCUACACUUGCCAAAGCAGCUGUUGGGCGACCGAUGGGCAGGUAAAAAUUGAGUCUGUGAUCGUGCAAAAGGAACUUUAUUAACAAGCUUGAAAACUGAGACUACACUCACGUGCAAAAUAAUCGGUUCACACAAAUUUUCGAUGAAUUUCAAUCGCAAAUAACUU